AUGACCAUCGGAACCACCACUACCACCACUACCGCCACUGGGACUCUGACUGUUUCGGCUCAUCCUCCCGUUGAGAUCUCGAAAUAUCCCAAACUGGACGCUUUACAGGCCGGCCAUCUGCGACACUUCCAUAAUCUUGUCUCGCAACCUGACGGCGAGUGGCAUCACUUCGGCACCCUCGAGGCCCAGCAGGAAUGGGAUGAUGCGUACAGGUACCAGUUGGCGACGAUGGCCUACGCCACUGGUGUCGCUCAUUACCAUCGUCUUCCGGCCAUGAGAAGUGCGUUCAAAGCGCUCCUGCGACGGAUCAUACACAAGAUGCUUCGCCGAGAGGUUUGGGGAUAUUGGUUCAACACAAGUCAUGGGGGAAACCUUCUCGAUCCGGACCUGAAAGAACUCCGGAAACCCUGGGCGGACCCGGUCAUCAAGGAAAACAUCAUGUACUCAGGCCACUUGUUGUUGAUGACCAGCCUGUACGCUAUGCUCUUUGACGACGACGAAUUCGAAAAGGAAGGCAGCUUGACCUUCCAGUGGAGUCCUUUGUUCUGGGGCUUGGGCAGAGAGGAUUUCAGGUACGACAAUCGCAGCUUGCAGAAGGUAAUUUUCCAGCAGAUGGAGGAGAAUGACUGGGUGGGCGUGUGCUGUGAACCGAAUGCGGUGUUUGUGGUGUGCAAUCAGUUUCCAGUGAGCCCAGUCUCCAGAGAUUCCGUCCCCAGGCGGCAUAGACUGACCAUCGAUAAGAUCAUUGCCAUGAGAUACAAUGACAGCCGCGAUGGUACAAACAACGUGGAAGAAGUCCUGAAAAAGUACGAAGCUUCACUCAUCCGCAGAGGCAUGAUCACCAAUAGCGGCCUGUACCCGAGUUUUUUUGCUCUGAAGCAGCGCCAGGCUAUUCCCGCAAGGCAAGGAGCGCAUACCGCUUGGGCAAAUGCCUACAUGAACACCUGGAACUCUGAAAAGGUGCACUCGUUGUACGACAGCCAGGUCCUUGGAUUCUUGACCAACAUCGCCGGAAAAACUCGUCUUCAGCCUACCCGAGUAGCUCUUGGAUUCCGGAAGCUGGUGCUGGAGCAUGGGGAGGAUCCUCAGAGUCCGGAGACCCUGCGCAAGGCCCGCGAGAUCUCUACUCAAUUCACAAACCCGGUAUUCCCUUUCGAAACAAUAAGCUGGAACUGCUUUACCCAGAUGCUGUCGGAGCUAGGAAAAGAAAAAGAGCUCAACGAUCUCCUCGAAUACAUCGACUCGCACCUCAAUCCGACUUGGGAGAAUGGCGGCCUGUUCUAUCCGCGCAACGACGAGCUCUUUGAUGAUGAACACAAUAUGGUCCACAUGGAGCCUCAUUCGGGUAAUUCUGGCAUCGGGUACUCUCGGCUAAAUGUCAAGGAUGGGCAGAAGAAGAUGUGGGAACAGCCCUGGACGCACGAAAUCCUCGCCCAGCGACCGUGGGUAGACGGAUUGAGCUUCGCAGACGGCGUGGACUUCCUGAGAGGGAUCUGGGACGACGAGGCGCGUGCUAUGGUCGUUACCCUGAAGAGUUGGACCGAAAAUCCACGAGAAGUGAUGUUUACGGUCAAAAAUCUGCCUCGAGGAGACUGGGCAGUCUAUGUUGACACCACGCCGAAGCAGACAACAACAGUGCGCGAGACUGAGGGCGUUGUUGUGACUGUGAAUGUCGGCCAGAGUGAGGUUGACAUUGUAGUUGUUUCUCUCUAA